GAAUUUAAAUUAAAUUAAAACUUAGAUUUAUGAGUAAAGCUCCAGAGCAGAUAAACAUAGGAUAAAUUCGCAAAGCUAUACCUGAAUCAUUAUUUAAAAAAAGUGAAUCUAGGUUUUUGGUGUCAGUUGCUUAAGCAAUAUCAAGCACUGCUCUUUUGGCUUAUAUUGGUUAUAGAUAUAUUCCAUUAACUUGGUAUGCCCUUCCAAUUUGGAUCGUGUUUGACUUUCUAUUAGGCACAGUAGCAAUGGGAAUAUGGGUUUUAGGCCAUGAAUGUGGUCAUUCAGCAUUCUCAGACAAUAAGAUGUGGAAUGAUAUUUUGGGAUAUUUCCUCCACGAAAUAUUGUUGGUACCAUAUUUUUCUUGGUAACAUUCUCAUGCAUUGCAUCAUGCCAAAACAAAUCAUCUAACAGAAGGAGAAACCUUUUGUCCAGUAGUAUUAAACUCAAAAAUGGGAAAAAUUUACUAAAAAAUAAAGGAUAUCAUUGGAGUUGAGUCUUUUUCAAUAGUUCAAAUAUUCAAUGUAACGGUUCUCGGAUGGCCUCUUUACUUGCUUUUAGGUGUAACUGGAGGUUCCUCAAGAGGAUUUACAAGUCAUUUUAUAGUUCCAAACAAGCUCUUCCCUUCAAGAAUGCUAGUGAAGGUUUCACUCUCAAACAUAGGGCUUUGUUUUGUGAUAUUUGGUUUAUAUAAGUGGGCCCAGGCAACCUCAUUUGCUGAAGUGAUGGCUCUUUAUAUAGGUCCAUAUUUAGUAAUUAAUAUGUGGUUGACAAUAAUUACAUUCUUAUAACACACAGAUAUCAGUAUUCCACAUUAUGAUUCAACUUCAUGGAAUUGGUUGAAAGGUGCCUUGAGUACAAUAGAUAGAAAUUAUCCAGCUUGGAUUGACUCUUUACAUUUUGAGAUUGGAACAACACAUGUCUUACACCACGUAUUCAGUGAAUUACCACAUUAUCAUGCUAAUGAAGCUAAUAUAUAUUUCAAAAAAGCAGUUGGAGAUCUUUAUCAUUGUGAUGAGAAGCCUCUUUUGACUUCCCUGUAUUAGUGUGCUAGUUUAGUUGGAGUGGAACAUAAAGGAGAUGGAGCUUGGUUCUUUUCUAAAGAGUGAUUCUUGAGAUUGUUGAUUGUUGUUUAAGGAAUGUUUAUAUAAAUUAUAAUUAAAUUAA